AUGACCACCACCACCGUUUCCACCGGUACCACUACCACUACCACCACUACUGCUACUGCCGCCACUGCUGCUUCCGCUACUGGCGGCAAUGGCACAAGAGGCCUUCGAAAUCAGACACAAGUGCCACCAUGGGUUUUGGUUAUGAUCAACAUUCAAUAUAACGGCUGCAUGAUUCAUUCGAAUGCUAAGGACAAUAAGUUAGAUCGAUUUUGCAUUGAUUGUGGUGCUUCGUUUUGUAAUAAAUGUAGUUCCAAUCACCAUGGACAUAAGUCCAUCAAGAUUCGUAGGUAUGUAUAUCAUGACGUCAUCAAUCGACCUGAUGCUCAAAAACACUUCGAUUGCUCAGGCAUUCAGGGUUAUGUAACAAAUAGAGCCAAAGUGCUGUUCUUGAAGCAAAGACGUGAUGAUCAGCAGCCGGUUUCUGCAAUGUACAAUACUGGAAACAUGGAAGAGGCUGGAGUUGAUAACAAUGUCAGCAGAAAGAAAGGUGAAGAGUUGGAGAAAAAUUUAUAUGAUGCUAUGGAAGCUCAAGCUCCUACUAAAUUAAUGGCUUCCAAGAGAAAAAGACUACGAAAAGGGUUCCCACAUAAGGCACCAUUGUUCUGA